GUUGAGAGAGUAUAGCAGUAGAGCGAACGUUUCACACACUGUCCUCCCAAGGAAGCAUCGGCAGACGUCCAGUGCUUUUUUCUGCAGUCUUCAACUUCAGGUAUGAAGGUUCAUCUUCUGCAUCUGUGCCUUUUGGUCUCAGCAUUAGCCCUGACUGUGCAAAGUAAACCUCAUGGAAAGCAUGAGUCUCACCACAAGCACACACAGUCUACUAAGGAGAAGGAUCUUUCUCCAGUGUUGCAUGAUAGGGCUGACGCCAUCCUGCCAACAUUCUUCCCCUUUGAGGCCAGCAGCCCAGAACCAGAGGAUGAAGAUGUGAAGUCAGAGGAGGUGAACACAGGUACUCUGAAGGCAUCUGAUGGAGAUGCGAGGAACAUUCCUGUACUUCUAAGUGAAGAGGCACUCACUAAACUCCUUCAAGCUUCUGAAGAGGAACAGCAGAUCAUGGAGGAAGACAAAGAAGAUGAGGACAUAGGAGAAGGAGGAGAUGUGGAGAAAGUAAAAAAGGAGAGCAUGGAGGUGAGGGAGGAAUCUAAAACAGGGGAUGGAAAAGGAGCAGCAAAGGAACAGCAGCAGCAAAAGGGGAGAGUAGAAGUGGAGGAACUGGGGAGUAGCACAGAUUCAGAGAUACCAAUGGCUUUAGACUAUGCUGCUGACAGUGAGACUAUAGACCCUGCACCCUCUAAGCUAGAGGAGACCAAACCCUCAAUUAGCAAGGUGGAGGAUGAACUCCCCACAGCCAUGGUAGACUACGAUUCCCAGCAGCUCUCAGAAGAUGCUGAGAAAAACAAAGAAGAAAACCAAGAAGAGCAAACUCACCAACCUUUGGCCAGAGAUGAGAAAGAGCCUCUCCAGGACACUGAGAAUAUCCAGAAUGAUACUGAUGAGGACAAAGACAAAGAGAGCAAAGAAGCUCAGCUCCAGAAUAUGAAGAACAGUGUAGAACCUGUGGACAACAAUCUACCUGAAGAAAAAGAAGUAGAGAAGCACACCAAUGAACAUGAUAGCCAUGCAAAGGGCAAAGACAAGAAGCAGAAGAAGACCCAGCGCCUAAGAAAAAUGCAGAGUGACCAGCCCUCAUUGGCUGAGGGUCCAACAGAGCACACUGAAAAUGAAAAGAAAGAGCCAGAAAGCACACUUGGUGCACUGCAGAAGACCAAGAAAAGGAAGAACGGGAAGUGGCGUUCUCUGGUAGGAAUUAACCCAGUGCAGAUUCGGGCAACAGUGGAGCUGUUCCCCAGACCUGUGGUCAGGUCCAGACUCGGAGCCGACGGCCAGGAAGCUCCCGCCGACCCAUGUGAGAACUUCCACUGUAAGCGAGGGAAGACAUGCAAACUGAACGAAGAACAGAAGCCAACUUGUGUGUGUCAAGAACCUGCAGACUGUCCUCCAAGUGUCGCUGAAUUUGAACAUGUGUGUGGAACAGACAACCAGACAUACGACACCUCCUGCCAGCUCUUUGCCACCAAGUGUGGCCUUGAGGGCACCAAGAAAGGUCACAAACUGCACCUGGACUACACAGGCUCCUGCAAAUUUAUCCCACCAUGCCUGAGCACAGAACUUGUGCAGUUUCCACUUCGUAUGAGGGACUGGCUGAAGAACGUGCUGCUGCAGCUCUAUGAGCACGACUCAGUGACUCCUGGCUUCCUCACGGCCAAGCAGAGAGCCAGGGUUCAGAAGCUGUAUGAGAAUGAGCGGCGUCUCCAUGCAGGGGACCAUUCCAUUGAAUUGCUGGCUCAGGACUUUGAGAAAAACUACCCUAUGUACAUCUAUCCUGUCCACUGGCAGUUCGCGCAGAUGGAUCAGCAUCCAUCAGACAGGUUUCUGUCUCACUCGGAGCUGGCUCCUCUGCGUGUUCCAUUGGUUCCCAUGGAGCAUUGCACUUCAGUCUUUUUCCAGGAAUGCGACGCAGACAAGGACAAGCUGGUCUCCUUCAGGGAGUGGUGCCAAUGUUUCGGCAUCAAGGACGAGGACAUGGAUACCAAGCUGUUGUUCUAACAUGAUGAUGUACCUCAGCAUUCAAGUAGACUGACCUUCAGAAGAGCUCAGCUAAUGGACAGCCAUUUCCACUGUUGUGGCCAAACAAAGGAACCUGUAGAUUAAAGUGUUAUGAGUGUACAGUCUGGUCCUUGAGUUAUGCCUGCAUCUUUAAAUGAAGGACAAGAAUGUUUUGUCUAUGGCCUUGUGGUGAAGAUAAGUUAUCCACACGUAUGUAGAUGUUCUAAAUGCUGAUAGUCUGUGGAGGAAGAGCAAUCAGUUCAGUAGUCAACAUAUAAGUGCAUUCUUUGCUUUAACUAAAAAACGUUUUUUUUGUAUGCAUUCCAGCAGGGAACAAGUUUACAAAUCAGUAGUAUGUAGUACACAAAAUGGUUUGGCUUUGAAAUAAUAUGGUUUUUGAUUUGAUGCAGGAAAGUUAAAUAUAUUUACAUAGCAAUUUGGUGCUAUAAGUUACCCUUUGGCAUUAAGAACUGCAUGUUAUAAGUCAAGCAAAUCAUUUAAACCAAAAAAUGUAGGAUGUUGAUAUAUAAGCAUUUUAUAUUACUAGAUGACCCUGUAAAAUAAACAUGAACAUACUGAUGACUUUUUUGAAGCAAUAUCUUUAUUAACAGCUUUAAUAAA